AUGGCCGCCGGGGAGGGCGGACUAAUCGAGCCGCGGCGGAGGGGAGCUCGGCCAGGGCCUUUGCCGCGCGCGGAUCCGCGCCACGGGCCGGCGGCGGAGGCCGCCCCGCCGCGCCUCGCCAUGGCCCGCUCCCGCGUCGAGGUAGGGAGGGGGGAGGGGCACGCGCACGGCCCCGCCGUGGCCGACCUCGUGCCGUCCCGCCCUGAUCCUCGCCGGCGCCCCUCGGUCCGUGCCGCGGCCGCCUCACCGGCGCCCCUCCGCCCUGCAGAGCUCCCUCCCUCCCACGGCUCCGCGUUGCCGAGCCGCCACGCUGCGGAGCUGGUGCCUCACCUCGGUGCCGAGCAGGGUAUGGGGCGGCGGCGGCCUGGCGUGGAGCAGGGCCUCCGCCUCUCCGCUCGCCGCGUCGCCGCUCCGCACGCCCGCCCGCCACCGCGGCCUCUGCUCCGUUCGAGCUCGGCGCGCCUCCUUGGGAGGAGGGAGGACGACCGACGGGAGCGAGGAUGCACGGCAGGUGGGCCGCGGCGAGGCCUCGCACGGAGGGAAGAGGGAGGUGGAGUUCCGCCGCCGCCUCCCCUCGCCCUGCGACCCCGCAGCGCGCGGAUCUGGCCGGCGGGGCAGAGGGGUGCGGCGAGGCCCCGCGCGGAAGGGGAGCAAGCUCGAGCCGGAGGCAUGGGGUCGAGCCGGAGGCAUGGGGAAGGAGGUGGCCGGCUCCGGCGCGCGGGCCAGCUCCGCCACGCCCGUUCGCCGUCCGGCGAGCCCGCUCCGCCGCGCCCGGUCGUCUCCAUGGCGAGCUCCAUGGGCGGACGGAGCUCGCGCGCGGGGGCGGGGCCCCUGCCCCGGCGGAGAGAGAGAGCAGGGAGGGAGAGAAGGGAGGGAGGCGCGGGGUAA